CAAAGAUGUCGGUCGUUCAGGGGCUGAGCAGCAUUUAGCACUUUGGACUCGGCUGCCAUGGAAAUUACUGGUACCAGGAAAAUUUAGAGAAGUAGCAAUAGCUUUUUGACUGGAUGGAACCCAGAUCCACGACUAGUGCAAACACGCAACAAACAUCCAACAGAUGAAAUGAUUCCAUCACUCAGCUUCCUUCCCGGCCUGCCUCGCGCGCGCUGCCGGGCUGAGCCAGAGCAGCCCAAGAUGGCGGACUUCGAAGAUCGGGUAUCGGAUGAGGAGAAGGUAUGCAUAGCUGCUAAAUUUAUCACUCAUGCACCUCCAGGGGAGUUUAAUGAAGUAUUCAAUGAUGUCCGGCUACUACUUAACAAUGACAAUCUCCUCAGGGAAGGGGCAGCUCAUGCAUUUGCCCAGUAUAACAUGGAUCAGUUCACACCUGUGAAGAUAGAAGGAUAUGAAGAUCAGGUUUUAAUUACAGAGCAUGGUGAUCUGGGUAAUAGCAGAUUUUUAGAUCCAAGAAACAAAAUUUCCUUUAAGUUUGAUCACUUACGGAAGGAAGCAAGUGACCCCCAGCCAGAGGAAAUAGAUGGAAGUUUGAAGUCUUGGAGAGAAUCCUGUGACAGUGCUUUAAGAGCCUAUGUGAAAGAACAUUAUUCCAACGGCUUCUGUACUGUAUAUGCUAAAACUAUAGAUGGGCAACAGACUAUUAUUGCGUGUAUUGAAAGCCACCAGUUCCAGCCUAAAAAUUUCUGGAAUGGCCGUUGGAGAUCAGAGUGGAAGUUCACCAUCACUCCAUCUACAGCUCAGGUAGUUGGAGUGCUCAAGAUCCAGGUUCACUAUUAUGAAGAUGGUAAUGUUCAAUUGGUUAGUCAUAAAGAUGUGCAAGAUUCAAUAAAUGUCUCGAAUGAAGUCCAAACUGCGAAGGAGUUUAUUAAAAUCAUAGAGAAUGCAGAAAAUGAGUAUCAGACAGCAAUUAGUGAAAACUAUCAAACAAUGUCAGACACCACAUUCAAGGCCUUGCGCCGGCAGCUUCCGGUUACCCGCACCAAAAUCGACUGGAACAAGAUACUCAGUUACAAGAUUGGCAAAGAAAUGCAGAAUGCUUAAAGGCUGACCGUAGGAUUCUUCAGUAUGUGGAAAGAAAAUGAUUCAACACAUGGUCAUGUGAUAAACAAGUGAUUUAUAAACAAAAGUGAUAUUUUGCUAGGGCUUUCAAACUUAACAGAUUUUCUAGCCUCAUGGAAUACUUUUGAACCUAUAGCAUUGUCUUGACCUUGUGUUCUCUGCCUUGUAAUUUUCUGUUAUUACUAUAUCUACUUGUAAAUCUUUUUUUUUUUUUCUGCUGUGUUUUAUGUUGGAAAGAGAGAUCUAUCUUGGAGUCAUUUUACUAUUUAGAAAAUUUUCCUAGCCAUGAAGUCCUGUUACUGUUUAGAUAAUAUGUUCAGUACUUUUUUACCCCUAUGCUUCAAAGCACUUCUGGUACUUCAGUGGUUUUUACUGAUCCAGCAGCUAAAGAGGCUGUUGUGCUACAAACCAGCUAAAUGGAAGAUACAUUCAUUUUUCUCCCUCUGACUGCUUUGAUCAUCAUUUGGAGCAUCUCAUAACUGUUAUUUUUUUAAACUUUGCAUUGGGGCUUUUCAGGUCCAUUUGGUAGGGCCAAAAAUAAGCGUUCUGGAAAUUCCAUGAUAGCCAGCUUUUUGGGGGGAACUUGUUUUUAAAUCCAAAGACUUGAACCACAUUCCCUGCACAUGAACAUGUUUGCUUUUUUGGAGAGGAAGGGAUUCUCUCAUGGUCUUCCCUAUUGUAGGUAUUGACACCUGCAUUUUUAGAAGAAUUUUACUCAUUUACAUUUUUGUUUUUCUGUUUUGCUUUUUUGUUUGUUUUUUUAGACUGCUGACAUACUGUGGAUGUAGUAAAACUUGAAAAAUGCAGUGUUGAAGGAAUCACGGAUAUCUUGUCCUUUAAUACUUUGUGGCAGGAUUGUACUGUAAGCAAAUGAGUCAAACAGCUCUAUAAAUCACAAAAACUAAAACUAAACCAAAGUGAAAAGAGUAACUUCCAGGCAGUACCUCUCUAUUGUAACCUGUUAUUUAAGGGAAUAUACUAGGGUUUUCUAAAUAGGAUGUAAAAUUUGUUCCAAAUUACUCUUCCUUAGUCCUGCCUACCAAGAACUCAAAAGUAACUGUGAUAUAGCAACCCUUCCCAGGUAUAGUGGCAGGUAAAUGUGUGAUCUCAGAAUACACAGGUGACAGAGAUAUGAUAGGACAACUGAUAAUGGUGGAUUCAUUUACAUUGUUUACACUUCUAUGACCAGGCCUUAAAGGGAGGUCAGUUUUUUUUAAAAAACCAAGUAGUGUCUUCCUACAUGUCUUCAGAUACAUGUUAAAAAAGAAGGCUGUUUAUGCUUCAGCUUUGUUUUGCUCAGUAAUAACAGUCGUGCAAGAGUUUGUUUCUAAGUGAAAGCUAUGUUAGCAUUUUUUAUUUCAAAUAAAAUAUAUUUGUAUUAUUUGUCAUUCAUACUAUCCAUCCAUCAUACCACACUAUCUUCUGUAUCAGGUAGUCCAGUAGAAAUAUACCUGUUUUGUUCUAAAA